AUGAAUGAAAGUUGGCUUCGUUGGUUAUUUUAUAUUUUCUUUCGUUUAACAGUUAUUCUAUUAUUAAAACGACGUCGUCAACAACAAAAACAACGGCCAAGUCAAGUUCAAAAACGUGAAACAAUAAUUGCACAAAAUAUUUCAUUUCAUUCAUUAACAUUAAAUAUAAAUGAAAAAAGUCUUAUUACUGUUCACAUUAAACCAUCUUCAGUUGAUAAAGAAAACUUUCUAUUAGGAUAUUUAAAUGAAGAAAAGUUUAAAUUUAUCUCCCAUGAAUUUGUGAAUGAAAAUAGUUUAAAAUUACAUUUUGCAUCAGAUAUUUCUUUAUCAAUUGAACAUCAGUAUAUUGAACAAAAAAGUAAUGAAACAAAGAUGGCUUAUUUUGUUCAUGAAUAUAUUUUAACAUGGUCAGCUAAAAAUAAUCGAGAAAAAUUUCAUGAUAAAUUUACUUUAAGUAAUGGAUAUUGGUACGGUGGUCCAACUCAAAAAUCCGUCCAUUGGCCUAUUAAUAAAUAUCAAACAAAAUUUAAACCGUGUCUUUGUGGCGAUGCAUAUAAAGGACAUUUUGGUGGUGUUUGUGAACGUUAUUGGUUAUCUUCUGUGGGCAUAGCAUUAUUAGUUGAUCCACUGGCACCACUAUUUGUUAGUCAAAAUACACAUCUUGAAUUAUUAUCAAAAUAUCGUACACCCUAUCGUCUUUCUGUCAAUAAUAAAUCUGUUCGUCAUACAUUUCAAUAUCGUCUACUACAACAUGUUAAUAUGCGUGAUUUACAUUUGACAGUGAUUAAUCAUUAUUUAGGAAAACCAACAGGAACACCUGAUCAUCGAAUGAUUAUCGAACCCAUAUGGUCAACAUGGGCAAAUUUUAAACAAAAUAUCAAUACAGAUAAAAUACUUAAUUAUGCAAAAGAAAUCGUUCGUAGAAAAUUUCCCUAUUCUCAAUUAUGUAUUGAUGAUGAUUGGACAAAUCAUUAUGGUCAAUUUGAAUUUGAUAAACGAAAAUUUUCUGAUCCAAAAAAUAUGAUUGAUCAAUUAAAACAAAUGAAUUUUCGUGUAACAUUUUGGAUACAUCCAUUUUUAAGUAUUAAAGCAACAAAAUUAUUUAUUCAAAUGUGGUAUAAAGGUUUAUUAAUCAAUAUGGAUUUAUUUUCAUCAAUUAUUAAUUUAUUAACUGAACGUUUUCAAAUAUUACAAGUAGUUCUACAUGAUUUAGAACAAAAUAGUUAUUAUAAAUCUAUUCAAUUAUUAUGGCCAAUUGUUAAAAUAAAACAAAUAUACAAUUUAUUACCAGCAUUACCGGGAAUUUCUCUCUGGUGGAAUGGUUUAGCUGGUUCAUUAGAUUUUACAAAUGAAUUAACAUGUCAAAAAUAUGAAGCAGAUUUAAAACAUUUACAAGAUAAAUAUGGUAUUGAUUCAUUUAAAUUUGAUGCUGGUGAAGUUAAUUGGCUACCACCAUUUUCUAAAUUUCAUAAUUCAUCAUGUAAUAAAAUUGUUGAACAAACUGAUAAUACAAAAUUUACAUUAGGAAUAUAUCCACAUUUAUAUGCAAAAUUAGCCUAUAGAAUAGAUUCAACAUUAAGAAUUCAAGAAGUUCGAGUGGGAUAUUCAACACAAACAUUACCAAUAUUUGUACGAAUUAUUGAUAAAGAUUCUACAUGGACAUACUCUAACGGAUUAAAAUCGUUAUUACCAAGUGUUUUUAAUUUAGGUUUACUUGGAUAUCCAUUUAUUCUGCCAGAUAUGGUUGGAGGAAAUGGUUAUGGUUUAACAAUUAAACAAACAAAAUUUCCUGAUCGUCAAUUAUUUAUUCGAUGGAUGCAAGUAAACGUUUUAUUACCCGGUAUUCAAUUUUCUUUUCCACCUUGGGCAUAUGAUGAUGAAGUUAUUCAAAUUGCUCAUAAAUGUUUACGUAUACGUAUGAAAUAUAAAAAUGAAUUAAUUCAAAUGGCUAAUGAAUGUGUAGAAUAUGGUUAUCCAAUGAUACGUCCUCUAUGGUUUGUUGAUUCAUAUGAUUCCGUAGCACAACAAAUCGAUAAAGAAUAUCUACUUGGUAAUAAUAUUUUAGUUGCACCUGUUCUUGAAAAAGAUGUGAAUGAAAUAGAUAUUUAUUUUCCACACGGACAAUGGAAAGAUAUUCAAACAGAAAAAGUAUAUGAUGGACGACAAUCAUACUCGUAUAGAGUGAAAAUUGAUGAUAUUCCAAUAUUUGAACGAGUUUAG